AUGGCUGUGUUCAAGUUCGCUGUGCUGGCCCUGUUGCUGGUGUCUGCUUUUGCAGAGGAGAUUGAGGUGAGUGUAACACCAUACUUACUAAGUCAUUAUACAGUAAAGCACGAUGCUGAUGAGCCCAAGCUAGAGGAUGACAUCAUCGUUCACGAUGAGAACGAGAAGAACGCCGAUCCCUGCACCUCCCACGGCUGCAUGUGGCCCAAGUCCAAUGACGGCAGAGUCUGGGUUCCAGUCUACAUUAGCAGAGACUUCUCCUCCCGUGAGAAGCAGAUCAUCGAGCGUGGCCUGGCCUCCUUCUCCAAGGUCUCCUGCAUCACCUUCAAGCCCCGCACCAACCAGAGGGACUACAUUGGCAUCUACUCCAAGAAUGGAUGCUACUCCUCUAUUGGUCGUCGCGGUGGUCAGCAGACCCUCUCCCUGUCCAAGAGAGGCUGCCUGUACCACAACACCGUCCAGCAUGAACUGCUCCACGCUCUGGGCUUCAACCAUGAGCAGACCCGCAGCGACCGCGACAACCACAUCCGUGUCGCCUGGGAGAAUGUCAUCGAUAACAUGAAGCACAACUUCAACAAGAAGAAUACCCUGAACCAGAACACUGGAUACGACUACGGCUCAGUCAUGCAGUACCACAGGUACGCCUUCUCCAAGAACAACAAGCCCACCAUGAUCCCCAUUCCCAAUGCCAAUGUGGAGAUCGGCAAGGCCGGAGCGAUGAGCAAGAACGACCUCGACAGGCUCAACAGACUGUACAAGUGCUAAAUGGUGAUGGAUGAGUUCAACUGGAGACGGGUGCGAUGAGUAGGAAACACAUUACAACGUGAAAACCCCUGAAACAUCAGGAGGCUGAGGACAGCAUUUGGUCAUCUGGAUUUGC